CAAAGAUAACCGAGAAAAAAACAAGUUAAUAAAAAGUUCAAGUAAGCUCAAGCUUAAAGAUAAAAGAAGACAUAUCUUUCAAAUUUUCGAAUUUUAAUGCAGUAAUUUUGGAUUUUCCAUCUAUUCCAUUUCUUUCCCACCUAAAUUCAUCUCUUAUAUCUAAAAUUUGAUAUUAAUUGUGAGCGAAUUCACAUGGAAAUCUGAUUCGCUGAAGGAGUUCAGUAUAUUCAAUCAAAUUUCAGUGUUAAUGGAGGAACAAGCACCUUUUAGUCCUCUAAUUCGCAAAAUCGCUGGAGAAGUUGUUGCUAAACCUAAGCACAAAACCUUCAAUCGUCCUAAUCUGAUUUGUCUCGUUGAAUGGUGGCUCUCUAAGCCAGGAGUUGGCAAGGGUUUAGCUGUUUGUGGUCGCCCUGAAGAAAAAACUAGAAUAUGCAACGAUGCACAACGAAAGUUUCACUCUGCUCCUGCUAAAAGGAGGUAUGCAUCUAGAGAAUUCCACUCAACAAAAAUUGUGAAGAGACAUGGCUGUAGUACACUUGAGACUUCUGAUGGCUUUAUAGUUUCUCUAUGUGGCUUUAUAAACAAGUCUCGCUCGCUAGAAAAUGGCUACUCCACCGAGGUUUGCAGGGAUUUUAUUUACGGCUUUCCUUAUAACUGGGAGCAUUAUGCAACAUCUGUCCCUGAAGAAUCAAGUCAAGUUAACCUCACAGAUUUAACUAAGUGCUUUCCGCCUGCUGAUUUAGACGCCUACAAUGGGGCUCAAUUGCACGAAUUGAGUUUGUCGCUGUCUAACCCUGAAAGAGAGCUGUUUUGUAACAAAGUUUGUGACGAUCUCAUGGAAUUGUCGAGUCUUAUUGAUGAAAAUGAAGCUCAACCCUCAAAACCUACUCGAUCUCAAGUUGAUGCGGAUGUUUUAACCUCCGAGUCUCGGAAUACCAAGGUACCUAGAAGCAAAGAAGGAAUGCUUUGUGAGACUCUUCCCCUAGGAAAGAAUGGCGUGAAAUGGUCAAUCUUGAUGUUUUUGAUGAUAUUAAUGUAUGCAGGUUUUUACUUUUCAAGCGGGGAAAUGUGAAUGUAUCACCGAAGUUUUACUUGAACACGAAGACUCAUAGUAUGCCUCAAGAAAUCUCGGGUGAGUUAAGGUACUAAUUACUAGAUUUUGACAUCUCGACACUAUGAAAUUCUGUAUAUUCUUAGAAGUAGACAUGAAACUCUGGUUUUCGGUUAUGGUUUGUAUUUCGAGCUCAAGGUUGAAAAUCCAAACCUUGACCUAAACACAUUUUCUUUUGGGAUCCUGAUUUGAAUCAAGCACAUGAAGUUUCAAAAAAUGAAACUCAAGCCUUAAAAAAAGGGUUUGGUCAGAUAGAUCCUGUAGGAUCUAGAAUCCAUCCCUAUCUCUAGACAUAAAACAUCAAAUUUAGCUUGAAAAUAGUUGAUUUGAUCUAGUUAGAUAAUAUUUUACAAAAAGUAAUCAAGUUGCAAACUUAGAUGAGUUUAAUUUAAGUAGAGAAUCGAGUUUUUUUUUAAUAUUUUUCCCUCAGCCAAUCCUGUAAUUAAAAAGUUAAUUAAAUAGUAGAAAAUAAGAAAUUAAAGAAAGUAACUAUUGAGAAUUUGUUUUUGGUAUAAUUAAUUUGAUUUCGUUGACUUGAAAGGGAAUUUAAAAUGAUGUAUUAUCAUUGAUUUGAAAUGUAAUGUCUUUUAUUGACUUUCUGGAAAUGCUUACUUACGAUUAUGAGUGGCUUUGUUUAGUAUAGUCGUAAGUCAAUGUAGUACUCUCAAGCAUUCUAUGGCCAAAACUAUCAAUCUAUGACCAAAAGUAGGGAAAAAAAUGAGUAUAAAAUAGUUUUGUAAGCCAUUGAAAAUUUAGCAAUCUAACUUGAUGUAUUAUAUAUUUAUAUCAUUAUUAUAUUUAAUAUAUUUUGCUGAUUAAGAAUGAGAAUAAAAUUAAGUUGAAAAAUAGCAGACCAUUUCCUUAUUAAAUAAGACAAGAAAGUUGCAACAACUCAACCUUGGAAAAGACUUCAAAUACAUUAAAUGCCCAAAAUACAUCGUACUUCCUUCGUUCUAUUAUACUUGCUACAUUUGACUUUUUACGCAAUCUAAUGUGUUAUUUUGUUCAUUUUAUAUGUUGACUUAUGCACUUCUAAAAAUUAUAAAAAGUUAAUAUUAUUAAAGUAUACGAUUAGACGAUUCCAACAAGAUCCCACUUGACUAUAUUUUUACUUACAUAUUAGCCACAAUAUAAUGUAGCAAGUAUUUCAGAACGAAUGAAGUAUAUAAGAUGAAUAACUUGGAUCGUACUUGAUGCAUUUGUUAUAUUUUGUAUUUUUAUUUGACUUAAUGAAUUUAUUAACAAUAAUAUACUUAUAUUCGAAUAUCGGUUUGUGUGCUUUUUCCUCAUCUUACUUAUAAAUUC